AUGGUUGGGAAGCGCGGCUUCAUUAGUGGAGGAGGAGAUGGUUAUGGAGGUGGCUCAGGAGGGGGAGGAGGAGGAGGUGGAGGAUACGGAAGUGGUUCUGGGGGAGGAGGCGGAAGCUACGUCAUUGUUGGCAGUGGCGGCCACGGCCCAAGUGGAUCCGACAUCGCUAACCAGGCUGCUGCUGACGCCACAGCAGCAGCUGCAGGUCUGAAAGGUGCUGCCCAAGCUGCUGCAUCUGCUGCUGCCGGGAAAGCUGCAGCCACCGCCGCCGCUGCUGCUCAGACAGCGCAAGCUGCUGCCGCUCAGAAACAGGCGCAAGCUGCACAGCUCACGCAAGCAGCUCAAGGAGCCCAAGCUGCUGCCUUUGCCGAAUCAGCUUUGGCAUCUCAGGCCAGUCAGGCUGUUCAAGCUGCCGGUCUGGCAGCCUCUUCAGCCCAGUCUCUACAAGGCAGCCUGAACGAAGUGACGGCUGAGGCGAGCGCCUUAGCAUCACAAGCUGCCAACAGCCUGGCUGCCAUCCAGGCCUUCCUUGACUCCCAGCAGGCUAUGGCCUGGGAGGCUCAGCAGGCUGCCAAUUCCCUCAACCAGAAGCAGGCCCUCGCUCUCAAUGACCUGCAGUCAGCACAGGCAGCGGCAGCCCAAGCACAAGCGGCAGCUUCCAAGGCUCAGGCUAAGGCUCAGGGCAGCGGAGGGGGUUACGGGACUACCUCUGGCGGUGGUUAUGGUCACUAAAUGUAGCUUUUGAAAAAGAUAUGUAUAAAAAAAUGUUUUCUGUUCUGACUCGGAAUGUUUGUUGCUCUAAGAAUUGUGUCAACAAGUUUAUAUACUAAGUUAUUGUCUUAUAUAAAGCAUUGUCAAUGACAUAUAACA